CACCCUGGCCUUGGAGAGCCCAGACCGCUGGGUUCGGGCCCGGACCGCCGAUUCCCGCUCGGCGGCUUUGUGUCUCUCCCGGCGCCCCGGGCGCGCCAGGCUGGGCCCGGGCCUGUUGGGCCAGUUUUAUGUCAUCGCCCACAGAGCGUGCGAGCGCCGGUGCAAAUAACGUUGCCCUCCCCUCCCUGCCCGUGCCUGCUCCUUCCGAAACUCUAGUUUGCAAACGUGAGCACGCCGGGCAGGGGAGGUCCGGGGCGGGUCCGGUGCUUCUGGGUGUGGGGACCGGAGCACGCCCUCCCAAUCCUGCCCCCGUCGUGCCACCCCGCCCGGGCCGCGAGGCCACCUCACCCGCAGCGGAAUGGAAACCGGUUCGACAGGUAACAAAUAGGUGGGUUGUCACCGUUAUUUCCCAACGCAUGCGCCAUCGCUCUCUCGGCCACUCCAAGCUAAUUAGAUCAGAUCAACACCCCUACCCCACCCCCGCCCGAGCCACCACCACACACCGCCGCGAGCCAAUAAAGCGUGAACCCGUCCGUCCAGCUCGCACUUGAAGACUUCGCGAGCAGCCGCGGGGACGCCAGUCGAGCUAGAGGACGCUCGCUUAGCGCGUCUCCGAUCCCGGUGCACCUGGCUGCACCCGCUCUGCGGACACCGACGACCUUCGGCGUAGUUGGAAACGCCACGCGUGGUCCCUGGUACGCUCUGUCCUCAGAACGUGGACACGUCUCGGCGACUCUGUCCUUAAACUGUCCCUAUUCCCGCGCCUCAACCCCGAUCCGGUGGAAAAAAAGGUGGGACGACCACACGAACUCGACUCGCGCCGGGCUAGGAGGAACUGAAGAUGCCCCGCGCGUUCCUGGUGAAGAAGCCAUGCGUCUCCACGUGCAAGAGGAACUGGAGCGAGCUCCCGGACGAGGAGCGCGGCGAGAUCUACGUGCCAGUCAGCCUCGGCUUCUGCCCACCCCAGCCCUACCGAGAACCAGAGGCAUCAGUGGCCGAGCCCCCUUCUUGCCCCCUGGCUUUGGACAUGAGCCUUCGAGACUCCAGCUAUAGUGUGGCUCCAGGGCCCUGCGUGGUAGCUCAGCUACCCUCUGAAGAUGUGAGCCAUCUGACAGAUCCCCGGAGCAGAGACCAGGGCUUCCUACGAACCAAGAUGAAGGUGACCUUGGGGGACAGUCCAAAUGGAGACCUUUUUACCUGUCACAUCUGCCAGAAGUCCUUCACCCACCAGCGCAUGCUGAAUCGACACAUGAAGUGUCACAAUGAUGUCAAGAGGCACCUCUGCACUUACUGUGGGAAGGGUUUCAAUGACACCUUUGACCUCAAGAGACAUGUCCGAACCCACACUGGUGUGCGGCCCUACAAGUGCAGUCUGUGUGACAAGGCCUUCACCCAGCGCUGCUCUCUGGAGUCUCACCUCAAGAAGAUUCACGGGGUGCAGCAGAAGUACGCGUACAAGGAGCGCCGGGCCAAGCUCUAUGUGUGUGAGGAGUGCGGCUGCACAUCUGAGAGUCAGGAGGGCCAUGUCCUGCACCUCAAGGAACGCCACCCCGACAGCCCACUGCUGCGCAAGACCUCCAAGAAGGUGGCUGUGGCUCUGCACAACACUGUCACCUCCCUGCUGCAGGGCAGCCCACAUCUCUGAGCAGCACAGGCCCUGGGAAGGAACGGGUUCACUUCCCUGCUGCCACAGCCAUUUGUCUUUCCUGCACCCUCUUGCUAGAACACCAGUGACCAGGACCCAGCUCUAACACCUCACUCCAGGCACACUUGCACAACUGGGCACUGACUUUGGCUCCAUUGGAGGAGUCUGUCUUAUAGGCAGAGCCCACUCUGAGCUUGGAACCAUGGGUGCCUGUUUCCAGGCAGGAGUGAGGCCAAGCGAGUAAAAAGAGCUGUUUAGAGAGACAGGCCCUGUCUCCUUGCAGCGGAACUUUGCAGAUGUGCUGAAGGGGACCCUGAGUACAAGAUGGGCAAUGGGUCCCCACGGAGAGUGGAAUGGAAACACCAGCAAAGAGCACCCUGGCAAACAACUGCAGCGGUGGUGCUGGCAGCGGCCCUUGUGCCUGCAAGGCUAACUCAGGGUUCCAAGGGCUCUCUGCCCUUUCAUCAGAGGCCCACAUGUGAACAGCCAUGUGCAUGUUUGUGUAUGGGUCACACGGCUCUGUGUGUGAUUUCCUCGCGUGUGCAUGUGCGCUUGCGGUCUUUCCGCACAUCACCUUGUUCAUAAGAAGCCAACCACAAGGUGCCAGGGAGGUUUUAUUUCCUUUUUUUUUUUAAGAUGACAAAUGUACAGAUAUUAAUAUAUUUUUGGUGCCCACAAUAAGACUGUUUAGUAAGACUACAAGGGGGAGGAGCUGGCUUUUUCUCCACCCCAUUGGUUCUAUUUAUCCUGGACAUUUCAAACCUCUUCUGUGCCUUGGUUCUGGGGUGGUUAUGCAGACCCACCCUGUUCUCUGAGAUGUUUCAUUAAAGACCUUCCUCCUGCUUUGCCCCAA